UGUUUUUUACUCAUUUUAUAAAACAUGGGGAAACGCCAUCCUCAAAAUUAAAAUGAAUCUUUUGAAAAAUAAAGAAAUAAAUGACUAAUCGUAUAUUUUGAUUGCAGUAAAGAAAAAUAGUUUUUAGCCAAAAAAAGUAAAAUAUUGUUGCUGAUUCUAGCCACGCUCAUAACAUAGUCUAUGACUAAUUGACUAUGGGUCUACAAUUACUUAAUUACCCUCCUCAAACUCAAAAGUCAGAACCUCCAAAGUUAAGUUAGGGUUUUUGGGGGUGAAGUUGCGCUUCCGGCACUUCCACUUCCACUUCUUCAUCACCAUGAGCAGGUCAGGCCAACCACCGGAUUUGAAGAAGUACAUGGACAAGAAGCUUCAGAUUAAACUGAAUGGAAAUCGCAUGAUUGUUGGCACUCUCCGUGGCUUUGACCAGUUUAUGAAUUUAGUUGUUGACAACACUGUGGAAGUGAAUGGCAAUGAGAAAAAUGACAUAGGGAUGGUGGUAAUCAGAGGAAAUAGUGUGGUCACUGUUGAGGCGCUUGAACCCGUGAACAGGGCCUGAUUACUAUUUCUUGUAAACAUUUAUAAGUAGAUUUUCUGGUUUCUGUGUUUGAACAACGUAGCUAUUGAGAGUAACAUGUAAUUGUGAAUCUUAAGAGUGUCAUGUUGGCUGCUAAUUUGGGGUUCUUUUUCAGGCUAAAUUGUCAAGGCGGGAUGCCUUCUAUUGUUUUAGUGUGUUGCCUGUGUGACUUGACUCAAUUGAAUAUAUCCCUUUUAGCUGAUUUCUCCUUAUUGCA